GAGGGAUGGGAUGGUGUGUGCGGCUGGAGGCGGCUCGGAAGGGGCGCGGUGGAGACGCGACCCCGCGGAGAAGCCCUCGCCUCUCCUACCCUUCCCCGCCGAGUGCGAAGGAAGCAAAAAUCCAGACGCUGGUGCGGUGUGGAGGAGCUCGAGUAGAAGCCACAGACGAGAGAAGAGAGGUGGGAGACGGCCGGAGUCCGGAGGCACGCGCGCAAGCGGCGGAGCGGAUCCAUCUCGUACUCUCACUCUCUCCUCUUCUUCGUCUCUUCGCUCAGGAUGUUGGCAAGAUCACCAGCGUUGCCUUUGGUGACUACUGAAACUACUGCAUUGGGCUUCUGUACUACUUGCAAUAACUUGAGUUUGCCUGUUGUGAAACUUUCUAAGAAGAAAUAUGGAGGAAGGACGAAUAUCCAGCGAAACAUUCAACUUGGGAAAACUCGAGAUGCAAGUUGGAUUCAUCGAAAAUGGCGGACAUUAUCAGCUGAUCAAGCUCAAGCCUCUGUUGUAGAUGUUGGUGAAGAGUGCAAACAAGUGCUAACUUCAUUAAAUUUCUCCAAUGAAGACGCUGAUAAGAUGUUGAAGAAGGCAUUUGGAUGGAUCCAUUCGCCAUAUUGGAGCGAAGAGAGAAAGAAGGAGGUUCCAAAUGCUGAGGUGAUAAGUGGAGUAUUGAACUAUAUUAGGAGUCUCGGGCUAUCUGACGACGACCUUCACAAAUUGCUGAAGAAAUUUCCAGAAGUUCUUGGAUGCAAUCUUGACAGCGAGGUGAAGCUGAAUGUGAGCAAGCUGGACAGUGACUGGGGAAUAAAUGGGAAAACUCUGCGGAGUCUUCUUCUGAGGAAUCCAAAAGUUUUGGGCUACAAUAUCGAUUGCAGAGGGGACUGCAUGGCCCAGUGCACCCGCUGUUGGGUUAGGUUCUAAUGUUGUGUUGUACAUGACUUACAUCACUUUUCAGAAGCUUCAGACGGUAUUCUGCUGGCUGUGCUGAAAUACAGAUGACAUUUUACUGGCUAUUUUUCUGUAAACUAGCGCUUAUUAAAUACAACACACUCGUAGUUGAUGGAUAGACACCUGUUAAUUCUUGUAUACAUCUUCAAGAUCCAAAUCAUAUUGUCUGUAGAAUGGUUGCAAUAAAUAUGGGCAAUGCCUGAAUGGUCUGUGAUACUUCAA